AUGCUUGAUCUGGACAAAAUUCUCGAAGAUGUCAAGGCAUGUAGGAUCAUACCCGAGCAGGAUGUUUUAGAAAUGUGUCUAUUAGGACAAGAGCUGCUAAUUUCGGAAGGGAACGUACAAUCGGUUGCUGUUCCCGUAGUAGUCUGUGGGGACAUUCAUGGCCAAUUGCAUGACUUGAUCACGUUGUUUAAAAUUGGGGGAGAACCUCCUCUCAAAAGAUACCUCUUUUUGGGUGACUUUGUCGAUAGAGGAUUCAAUUCAUUGGAGACGUUCCUCUUGUUAUUAGUCUACAAAUUGAAAUACCCGGACAAGAUUUACCUUAUACGUGGGAACCACGAGUCGAGACAAAUCACCUCAGUCUAUGGGUUUUACGAUGAAUGCUUGAGGAAGUACAGCAAUGCCAACGUAUGGAGAUACUGUUGUGAGUUGUUUGACUAUAUCUCCUUGGGAGCAUACAUUAUGGGCGGUCUUGGCGGUAGAGAUGGUGUCUUCUGUGUACAUGGUGGACUAUCUCCAGGCUUGGAAACCCUAGAUGAAAUUCGGAAGAUUGAUCGGAAACAAGAGGUACCUCACGAUGGAUCCAUGUGUGACUUACUCUGGUCCGAUCCGGAAAAAGACGUUGAUGGCUGGGCAUUAUCUCCACGUGGAGCCGGGUACUUGUUCGGAGAGGGAGAAACUAGCAAGUUUCUACACAGGAAUGGCCUCUCCCUCGUGGCACGUGCACACCAGCUCGUUAUGGAAGGAUAUAAGGAGCUCUUUGAUGGAGGCUUGGUGACGGUGUGGAGUGCACCCAAUUACUGUUAUCGCUGUGGGAACGUUGCUGCUGUUCUGGCAUUGGACGAAUCACUCACUCGAGAAUACACGACGUUUGAAAGCGCCCAGGGGAAGAACGACAACAACGACAGAGAUGGUUAUGACCCUACCACCAUCACGAACAACAACAACAACAACAACGUGGGAUUUCAGCGUGGCAAUGUUUUCUUGACAACACGUCAAAAACCAGCAACUGAUUAUUUCUUAUAA